CUGGCGACCACUUGAAAGGGCUUUUUGCCUGUUUUUCGCACCCUGGACCUCUCCUUCGCGUCUCUCAAUAAUUAGAGGAUACCCCUAGACGAUUUUAGAGAAGGACUGGGCUGUUCGUCGGGGCGUACAUCAAGUUCGACUAUUGGCCGGCCGCGUUCGUUGAUCAUCCACAAAAACACUCGACAUCUGCCAGCGCACUAACGGCGCCCUCAUCUGGAAGCAGCACUCACGACGGUUUGGCCAACCCUGCUCGACCAUACUCUUGUUGACCCAUGGAGUCCGCAACGGCUCCCCUCAUCACCAACACCCUUUGGACUCUGUCUACGGCUGCCUUCGUCCUCGGGCUCUACGUGCGGUCGUACAAGUCUCGCGUCAUCAUCUUUUGCGCGCUUUCAAGUAUAAUCUACUACCAACUCGUGUACACGAGCACGGGUGAUCCGCCCAAUGACUACUUUUUGGCCAGUGCCUACACCUCCAUUUGGUUCAUGGCCGUGGAUCAGCUCAUUCUGACCGACCCGCAUCGCGCACUACGAGCGAGGAACCAGACCAAGCUUCCCAGCGAGAUGACACCUUGGGACCGCCUGUGCUGGGCCCUCCAGCUACGCAUGAACCCGCGCGGCAUUAGCUGGAACUUCGAGCCGCCGAAGCACGCGCUGGCGCAGAGGCCGAAGUCGAAGAGCAGGCUCACCUUCAUUCUCAACCAGCUGCUGGCUUCCUUUUUUGACCUGGUCCUCCUCGAUGUCGCGAGCGUGAUCUGCAGGAGCAUACCCGAGCUGUCCGCCUCUGGGCCGCCGCUGGCCAGUGUCAGUAUGGGCGCGUGGUGCCCUCUGCCCGAGGCGUUGGUGGGCAAGGGCAUUCCCGUUGAUAGCUACCCUUGUGGGUGGUUGACGCGGGUGGGCGCGGUCGCUGGCUACGGCUUCUCCGCCUACGCGGCCAUCGGCAUUGGACAUCGUAUGUUGAGUAUCGUUUCCGUUACUCUCGGCGCCCUCCUCAACCGCUCCCUCGGCGGCUGGGGCGAUCCCACCGAGUGGCCGCAUCUCAUGGGCCCGCUGGGUGCGGGCUGCACCGUUGGGGGAGUCUGGGGCUGUACGUGGCAUCAAAUGCUGAGGAGGUGCCUUACGCGACACGCCGAAGUCCUCGUCUGUAUCCUCUAUGGACCGCCGGAGGAAGAUGGUGGCAGAGAAAAGAAGGACAAUGAUAGAGCUGGGCAAGCGAAUGGGAAGGCCGCGCAGGCGAAUGGGAACGGCACACAGGCGAAUGGGAAUGGCGUGCAGGCGAGGACGAGCGGCGCGUCAGCAAACGGUGCGAAUGCAAACGGAGUGCACACGGACAGCAAGGACUCGCAGGCGAACCACAUCCCGCGCAAGUCGAGCACGCCGAGAUCUUUGAGCGGCACACUUUCCUCGCUCUACGAAACCUCGCCCACCCCAAAGCGCAGCCGCUCCCUCGCGCGGGGUAUCCUGAAGGUCUAUGCGACCUUCUUUGUCUCGGGUGUGAUUCAUAGUAGUGGAGAUGCGAGGAUUUUGGGCAGUUGGUCCGCCAGCCGCGCCCUCCCCUUCUUCCUCACGCAGGCGAGCGCGAUCAUGUUCGAGCGCGGUGUCAUUCAUGUUGCGAAGAAGACGCUAGGCCUCAGGGAUGCGUGGUAUUGGCGGGUGGUCGGCGUCCUCUGGACCUUCACCCUCCUCGGCGCGACGCUGCCCAUGUGGAUCGACCCGAUCGCGGCCGCGGGCGUGAUGGACGAGGGCGCGGACUUUGGCGCGGUGAAUCAGUGGGUGUUGGCGCGGGUGUGGGGUUAGAGGGCGUGAUUCCUUAGAUGAGCGCGCACCUCGGGAAGGUUGGUGGGGGAAAUAGGACGGGUGAUGGGGGUGAGUGGGCGAUGGGAGGGUGGUGGGAGAGGACGAAGGAGAAGGGGAUGAGGCUGUGGGUCCGAUAUGAUCGAGUUGGAGGACCACACACAUUCGUAUAGCAAUGACGAGAUUGGGGGUCCAAACAACGGUCGCCUCCACCGUUCACGUCGCGGUAUGAUGCGCUUGCACGCGAUGCAUGUCUUCAGUCAAAAUUGCUCGCUUAGGCGCGAUAUAGAUCAGUGACACGC